GCCUUCUCAAUGCAGUCACCACCUAAAUUAUACCGACCUACCAAGGUGAUGUGAUUGCCCUUAGUCUAGUCGCAAAGAACAAACAGGGCUGGAUACUCCUGGCGAUUCGAUGCCCUGCUAGUAUGACAAACGUGAGAUCCGAUUUAAGGAUCAGACGACACCAGUCGACUCCGGCUUGUGCGAGAUGUCGUCGACUCAAGCAAAAGUGCGACAGAGGGACGCCAAAAUGCCGUCGGUGUGUCACAGCUGGAGUAGACUGUACUGCAGUCAACCGGCAGACUUCUGAAGAACUCCCACGAAGUCUUGUUCAGUACCUCGAGCAACGGCUGUCCGAGCUUCAGCAUAGCACGUCCACUCAAAGUCAAUAUGAUGGACGGACCGAGGGGACUCAAUCUGGCUUGAAUGCUGGUCCUGACCGUGAUCAGCUCUUGGCGAUUCUUACCCUCGGUUUUACUGACCGCAUCACGGCCAAAAUGUUCAAAUCACACUCCGUGCUGCAACAUCGAGCAAAACUGUUUUAUCCUUCGGAGCGGCCUCCCUACAAAAUCCCAGUUCGAGGCCAUUAUUACGACGCUCAUUGGAAGGGUUCAUACUAUGCCCAUUCUUCCCAUUUUUCUAAUUUUGAUGCACAUAAGGUGCCUGUUCAUGUAGCGAGGCGUCUCUGGGAUAACUACAAAGACAACAUCCUCCCUCGAUUCCCCUGUUUUCGGGAAGACGACUUGAAAACCUAUUUUGAUGAGGUCUACGGAAACACGAACGUAGACCGUCCGCAUCCACAUGCAUCGGGCUUUAUUGUUCCUCUGAUCCUGGCAAUCAGCUCUCUCACAUCAAACAGCCAUGAUUUUCAGAAGGUCGUUGCAUUGAGUGAAUCUCUGCAUCUAGACGCGAUGCGUCAUGACGACGUCCUUCGCGAUUCCUCAAUUCUAGCUUUACAGUGCAUGUUACUACUGAUACAGCUUGCCCUGGUUCUUCCCUACAUUGCCAAUCUCUGGUAUUUGACUGGCGAGACCAUGCGAAUGGCUGUAAGCCUAGGACUUCAUCAAGAGCUCGACUCGGUCAUGAUUGCUUCAGAUGCAGUCCAUGUCGAGCAACGCCGACGGCUCUUCUGGGUGAUCUACCAGCUUGAUAGAACUGUCGGCAUUGCUGGAGGAUGUCCACUUGCGCUCAGUGAUGAACACAUCACAACACAACUUCCAUACGGCGGCGGAGACUCACAUAUCUCCAAGCGGAUAGGCUUCAAGCAGAGCAAAUCCCACAGCUACAAGGAGAAAAUCUUUUUGAUGCAUACGCGACUUCGUCUCAUACAAUCAGAAAUCCACGGUAUACAGUUUUUUGAUCAACCCUUUACCAGUGAUGUUGAGAACCACGAAGACUGGGUCCAGAAGACAACGGAGCUCAUCCAAAGGUUAGUGGAUCAGAUGAUAGCAAGUGGUGCUAGUCCGUCAUGGCUUGUGGCCGCAGCGUACCAGUGCCAGAUUUUGCUGCACCGACCAUGCUCAAGGAAUAUUACUGUUUCCAACUCCUCAUUACUUGCUGCAGUCACAGCCUCAACCCAACUUCUUACAUCCUAUAUGGGAUCCGUACAAGAUGGAGGGCUCAUCAUGACUUUCGAGCUCGCGAAUAGUGCCUUUCACGCCGGGAUGGUACUGCUCUACGCACUGCGUAACCACGUCCCCAAUUUGGAGCAGUCUUCUCUUACUGAUAAAGGACCAAACACCCUUGAAGUGCUUUGCCAGUUAUUGGUUAGUUCUCUACGGCCCAUUUUCAAUUGUCUCCUAUUCCUAGACAGCUAAAAGAAAAAUUCAUCUGCAGGACAUACUUUCCCGAAGCUGGCCUGCGCUAUCGGACACUGCUCACUACAUGAGAGAAUUGAUAGAUACCCAUUCGCGCAACCCCCUCGGGCAUAAUGGGAGCGCCUACGAC